GCUUGUGGGUUUGGUGUGUUAGAACGCGGGCGGUGAUGUCAUUGGCAACCAAUCAAAAACUUAAAAGAGCCAGCCCGGGCCCGCGCGGAGCAGCAGCUCUCUAUUUACAUGUAAACCUAGGCGGCAGGACCCGAUUAACCCUUCCCGAGACUGAAGUGUCAAUGGCUCACACUGGCCGCUCCCGCUGAAACUGGUUCCCCCUGCGAACCGGACCCUCCCACGCCACCUGGUGCAGUGGCCUCGGGGUCUCCAUUCCACCUCGUGACUCGCGGGUGGAGGCUCAGAAGUGUCCGGCCAACUUUCCCGAGGCCGGAGGCGACUGGAAGCCGGGUCCCUCCAUGGCCGUGACAGAGCCGCGCGGCACGUGAGCGCGCACAGGGCCGGCCUCCCCGCAGCCCCGCGCGGCCCGGCCCGGCCCGCAGAUGUCGCUGCCUCUCCGGCUGCCCUACUGCUCUCCCGCGCGGCGGCUGCGCGCCGUGCUCCUGUUCCCCUGCUUCCGUGCCCCGGUCACUCCCCCGCCGUCCCCAGUCUGUUCGCAGGAGCCCGACUCAGAACCCGAAGGUGGCACCCCGGAGAGCUACGCGGAGGAGGAGGCUUGGCUCUACUCCAGUGGCCACUGGGGGCGCGUGUUGAGCGGCGGCGUGGGCGCCAUCCCGCAGGGCUGGGCGUGGCCGGGCUCGCCGAGCGUCCAGCUAGCGCCACAGCCCCGGCACCGGCCCCCACCACCGCCCACCGCGAUCCCGGCCUCUUCCGCUGCCACCUCCCCGAUCACGGUGUCUUGGCGCUCCUCUCAGUCCAUCCGCCCCAUCGUGCUGGGCCGUCGGCCCUCGGUGGCGCAGGGCCCUCGGCGAGCCAAGGAGCGCCAGCCUGGAACUGCAAGCACGGGUGGGAAGGAGCCCGAGCUUAGGGUGAACAUCCAGAAUGAGCGGCGCUUGAGGAGCGUGGAGGAGCCCGCGCCCUAUCUCCCGGUUCCCCGAACUUUGGCCUUCAGAGGGGUCGCUGGUCGCGGCCUGUGUCCGGGGAAGAGAACUGGGAAGCUGGGCAAGCCUGCCAGCGCCUCGCCAGAAAAAUAUCAGGGAAGCUGCAGAAGAGUGACCCUGGAAUUCAAAGGAGUGGAAAAGCCUAGAUGAACUACGAUGAAGAUGCAUCAAAGAAUCCUAAAGCAAUAGAGCUUUUUAUACCUCCCUACCCCCUCCUAGCUCAGAGAGGAAGACCAAAAUGUGAAGUAAUUGAAGUGGAAUAAAACAUUAUCUGCUCUGCGGAAGAAGGUUCAGCUGUCCUUAAUAAUGGGAAGUGUUUGAAGGCA